GUUCGUAGAGAGCGAGUUCUCGUGCCACACAUCAAAUUUCGUAGCGUCACAGUCGGUGACUUUCGACGACAGGCUUCUCGACUUAAGUCAAGUCAGCUUCCAACAGAAUGACUGUCGGUCAUCACUGCGAGGAAAACGAUGCUGUAAAAGAGAUGCCCCGCGAGGAGAAGGUGGGCAUCAUCUUGAAAGACACCCUGCCCAAUCGAUCUCGUUGGGCGGAUAUCGAGGUGGAAGAUGCCUCUGAGGACUGCACGGAUGGCAGUGCGCGGGCGGACGAGAAGCUCGCAGGGCGUAGACAGCUCGGCCCCCGCGGCGGCCGCCGUCCCAAGUUUCCUGCGGCAGAUGUGCAGAAGGUACAUCCCGUGCCCGAGCCAGCAAUGCCAGCUGGAGAUUUCCAGGCCAAACCAUACAUCAAACCACAGGCCGUGCCCUGGCAUAUGGAAGCUUGGGGCAUGGACUGGGGAUAUGGAACGUAUUACGAGACCUAUGACACAUCGGACUGGCCCAGCCGAGCUGAUUUGGACGAUUCUUGGCGCCGCAGGUCAAAUGAUGCGGAGGGCUGGGCAAAAGCACGCAGGGGACGCACCUGGGGAGGUGACGGUUACAAAAGACCUGGAGGCAGAGAGUGGUACUGACCAUUGGAGUGAGAUAACAUCGGCACCAUGACCGGAGCAAU